AAAUACAAUUCGAAUUAAAUAAGUGUAAUGAAUUAAACGACGGCGAACAGAAUUUGAAGCCUUGAGUGCUAACUCUGAUUAGAAAAACAAGAACGAAACUAGUUUUGUUAGUGUGACUGUUUUCCAAUAAGCAAAAAGGCCACCAAAAAUUUUAUGGUGGCGGUGCAAAAGUUUUCUUAGCGGCUAACAACACAAUAAUAACAACAACAACUCCAACGCCGCCGUCGCAGUAUUACCAUUGAAAAGGUGCUCAAACGAGAUUUCCACUUGAAAUUCCUGAAUUUCGUUUGGCGACUAGCAGGCAAGCAAUAGCAAUAAUACAACAACAACAAAAAGUAAAUAAGAAAUAAGAAAGAAUCGGAAUACAAAAGCGCAAUAAGCAAUAAUACAAAAGCGGUAAUUUUGCAAGUGCUCAGAGCAUCAUUUAAUAUGCUACUCUAACUGUGCGUGAAAUUUACUUGUGUGCUAUACGGUGAUAAAAAAAUUUGUUUUUGGAAUAAACGUGCUGUUUGGCUGUUUGUUAUUGACUUAACACUUUCGACUAAGUAAACGCAACUGUUAAUGUGUAGCAAACGAUGCGCGCAGCAGGUUACAGGCAAGACAAGUUGCCGACGAUAAUGUUGAUGAUGAUGAAGUUGCUGGCGAGGCGACUCUAACUGCUGACAGCUAAGUGGCCCAAGAGCGCGCCAGUGCAUAAGUAUCUCAAAGAUACAAAAACGCAACGCACGAAACGAAAGAAAGAAGUAAAGAAAAGCAAAAGUAGCAGAGCUCUGCUGCAGCGCAUUUCCGCUGGACGUCUACCUACCUUUUGCUGCUGCUGCUGCUACCUACGCACUCGUUGCUUGUCACUCGCUGCUUGCGAGCGAGUCUCUCUCUCUCUCCGUUCUAACGUCCAGCUGCCAACAGUUCGACGCUGGCGCGCGGUCGCGACGGGCUGCAAAAUAAAAUAAAGUAAAGUGUGAGCGCCGCGGCAACACUACGAAAAAUAACUACAAGGCAGAAGAACAAACAAACAACGAAGCGAAAUAAAACAUAAAAUCGAACAACGACAACGUUAAGCCCGCUGGCCGUGAACAAUUCAAAUAUAUAUUUAUAUAUAUAUAUAAAAUUGGUAGUUUGGGGGCGCCGUAACGACAAGGACAAAUCCUUUCCAAUCCUUUUUUCCUUGUGCAAAUAUUUGUGUGAACGUGAUUGCUGUUGACAAAGUGGCGUCCGCAUACGCACUCGAUACUUUCAAUUAGGCACGUUGCCGCUUAAAUGUGCCACAAUGGCGUUGCCGUCCAGGACGACGACGACACCACCCGCCACACGACGACACACGCUGCAACCACCGACGCGUUGUAAAGCAGCAAAGUCCUUAAUCCUGUUGCCCAUACAACUAUUGGUUGUGCUGCUGGUGGUUACGGUCAAUGCUGAUCCCUAUGCCGGCGGCUUUGGCAGCUCAGCCAUUGCCAGCGGCGGCCUUGGAUCCGUGGGCAUUCAUAUACCCGGCGGCGGUGUGGGCGUCAUCACCGAGGCGCGCUGUCCGCGGGUCUGCUCCUGCAGCGGUUUAACUGUCGACUGCUCGCAUCGCGGAUUAACCCAGGUGCCGCGCAAAAUAUCCGCCGAUGUGGAACGACUCGAUCUGCAGGGCAAUAAUUUGACCGUGAUAUAUGAAACGGACUUUCAGCGCUUAACCAAGCUGCGCAUGCUUCAAUUAACGGAUAAUCAAAUCCACACCAUUGAGAAGAAUGCUUUGCAAGAUUUGGUUUCACUGGAGCGACUACGUCUAAAUAACAAUCGACUUAAGGCAAUACCUGAAAACUUUGUGACAAGUUCAGCGAGUCUUUCGCGAUUGGAUAUAUCGCAUAAUGUCAUUACCACUGUGGGUCGCCGAGUCUUCAAGGGUGCGCAGUCCUUGCGCAGCCUGCAGCUGGACAACAAUCAAAUCACUUGCAUGGAUGAGCAUGCCUUCAAGGGUCUGGUUGAGCUGGAAAUACUCACAUUGAAUAACAAUAACUUGACCGCUCUGCCUCACAAUGCCUUUGGGGGCUUGGCUAGAUUGCGAGCGCUGCGGCUGUCGGACAACCCGUUCGCCUGCGAUUGCCAUUUGUCCUGGCUGUCGCGUUACCUACGCAGCUCUCCACGCCUGGCGCCCUACACCCGCUGCCAGUCGCCCUCGCAGCUGAAGGGCCAAAACGUGGCGGACCUGCACGAUCAGGAGUUCAAAUGCUCAGGCCUAACCGAGCAUGCGCCCAUGGAAUGCGGUGUGGAGAACAGUUGCCCGCAUCCCUGUCGCUGUGCCGAUGGCAUCGUCGAUUGCCGUGAGAAGAGUCUAACAAGUGUGCCCGUUACGCUGCCCGAUGAUACAACCGAGCUACGUUUGGAGCAAAAUUAUAUUACGGAGCUGCCAGCGAAAUCAUUUUCAAGCUUUCGACGCCUGCGACGCAUCGAUCUAAGCAACAAUAACAUUUCACGCAUUGCACACGAUGCGCUGAGUGGGCUGAAGCAGUUAACAACGCUCGUAUUGUAUGGCAAUAAAAUAAAGGAUUUACCCUCGGGCGUAUUCAAAGGACUUGGCUCGUUGCAGCUGCUGCUGCUGAAUGCCAACGAGAUCUCCUGCAUACGCAAGGAUGCCUUUCGCGACCUCCACAGCCUCUCGCUGCUCUCGCUCUACGACAACAACAUACAGUCGCUGGCUAAUGGCACAUUCGACGCCAUGAAGAGCAUCAAAACGGUACAUUUGGCCAAGAAUCCUUUCAUUUGUGACUGCAAUCUGCGCUGGCUGGCCGACUAUUUGCACAAAAAUCCCAUAGAGACAAGUGGAGCACGCUGUGAGUCACCGAAGCGGAUGCAUCGCAAGCGCAUUGAAUCGUUGCGCGAGGAGAAAUUCAAAUGUUCCUGGGACGAAUUGCGCAUGAAGCUAUCCGGCGAGUGUCGCAUGGACUCCGACUGCCCAUCCAUGUGCCAAUGCGAAGGCACCAGCGUCGACUGUUCGGGACGUGGCCUCAAGGAAAUACCGCGCGACAUUCCUCUGCAUACCACAGAGCUUUUACUCAACGACAACGAAUUGGGGCGCAUUAAUUCGGACGGACUCUUUGGACGGCUGCCGCAUUUGGUGCGGCUCGAGCUGAAGCGCAAUCAACUGACGGGCAUUGAGCCAAAUGCCUUUGAGGGCGCGUCGCGCAUACAGGAGCUGCAAUUGGGCGAGAAUAAGAUUAAGGAGAUAUCGAACAAAAUGUUUCUGGGACUGCAUCAGCUGAAGACGCUCAAUCUGUACGACAAUCAAAUUUCAUGCGUUAUGCCUGGUUCAUUCGAGCAUCUGAACUCGCUGACAUCUUUGAAUCUGGCAUCGAACCCAUUCAAUUGCAAUUGCCAUUUGGCCUGGUUCGCCGACUGGUUGCGUAAAAAAUCAUUGAACGGCGGAGCGGCACGUUGUGCGGCCCCAGCAAAGAUACGUGAUGUGCAAAUCAAGGAUCUGCCGCACAAUGAAUUCAAAUGCAGCAGCGACAACAACGAGGGCUGCCUGGGCGACGGCUAUUGUCCGCCGGCCUGCACGUGCACCGGCACAGUGGUGCGCUGCUCACGGAAUCAAUUGAAGGAGAUACCCCGCGGCAUUCCAGCCGAGACAUCCGAACUGUAUCUGGAGUCCAAUGAGAUUGAGUUGAUACAUUACGAACGCAUUAGACACUUGCGCGCCCUCACCAGACUCGAUCUUAGCAACAAUCAAAUCACCAUACUAUCCAAUUACACGUUUGCCAAUCUCACCAAGCUGUCCACGCUCAUCAUCUCGUACAAUAAGCUGCAAUGUCUGCAGCGUCAUGCGUUGUCUGGUCUCAAUAAUCUGCGCGUGCUCUCGCUGCACGGCAAUCGCAUAUCGAUGCUGCCGGAGGGCGGCUUUGAGGAUCUCAAGUCAUUGACACACAUUGCACUGGGCAGCAAUCCGCUGUACUGCGACUGCUCGUUGAAAUGGUUUUCGGACUGGAUUAAGCUGGACUAUGUGGAGCCGGGCAUUGCGCGCUGUGCGGAGCCGGAACAAAUGAAGGACAAGCUGAUACUGUCGACGCCUUCGUCGAACUUUGUGUGCCGCGGACGCGUGCGCAACGAGAUUCUGGCCAAGUGCAAUGCCUGCUUCGAGCAGCCUUGCCAGAACAAGGCGCAGUGCCUGGCGCUGCCGCAGCGUGACUAUCAAUGCCUUUGCCAGCCUGGUUAUCAUGGCAAGCACUGCGAGUUCAUGAUCGACGCCUGCUAUGGCAAUCCCUGCAGAAAUAACGCCACCUGCACUGUGCUGGAGGAGGGACGCUUCAGCUGCCAGUGUGCUCCGGGCUAUACGGGCGCGCGCUGCGAGACCAACAUCGAUGACUGCCAGGGCGAGAGCAUACGCUGCCAGAACAAUGCCACCUGCAUUGAUGGCGUGCAGUCGUAUCGCUGUGAGUGUCAACCUGGAUUCACUGGAGAAUGGUGCGACACCAAAAUACAGUUCUGCAGCCUGGAGUUCAAUCCGUGCGCCAAUGGCGCCAAGUGCUUGGAUCACUUUACGCACUACAGCUGCGACUGCCAGGCGGGCUUCCAUGGCAUCAACUGCACGGACAACAUUGACGACUGCCAGAAUCACAUGUGUCAAAAUGGCGGCACCUGCAUCGACGGCAUCAAUGACUAUCAGUGCAAGUGCCCGGAUGACUUUACGGGCAAGUACUGCGAGGGCCACAACAUGAUCUCCAUGAUGUAUCCGCAGACUUCGCCGUGUCAGAACCACGAGUGCAAGCAUGGCGUCUGCUUUCAGCCCAAUGCCGCUGGCUCGGAUUACCUCUGCAAAUGUCAUCCCGGCUACACUGGCAAGUGGUGCGAGUAUCUCACCAGCAUUAGCUUUGUGCACAAUAAUUCGUUCGUGGAGCUUGAGCCGCUGCGCACGCGUCCGGAGGCAAAUGUCACCAUUGUCUUUAGCAGCGCCGAGCAGAACGGCAUACUCAUGUACGAUGGCCAGGAUGCUCAUCUGGCUGUGGAGCUGUUCAAUGGCCGCAUACGCGUCAGCUACGAUGUGGGCAACUAUCCGGUGUCCACCAUGUACAGCUUUGAAAUGGUCGCCGAUGGCAAAUAUCAUGCCGUCGAGCUGUUGGCCAUUAAGAAGAACUUUACGCUGCGCGUCGAUCGCGGCCUAGCGCGCUCCAUUAUCAACGAGGGCUCCAAUGAUUAUCUAAAGCUCAGCACGCCCAUGUUCCUGGGCGGUCUGCCCGCUGAGCCUGCCCAACAGGCAUACAAGAACUGGCAGAUACGCAACUUGACCAGCUUCAAGGGCUGCAUGAAGGAGGUUUGGAUCAAUCACAAGCUGGUGGACUUUGGCAAUGCUUUGCGGCAGCAAAAGAUUACGCCAGGCUGUGCGCUGCUCGAGGGUGAGCCUGCCGAGGGUGAAGAAGACGAUGAGCAGGACUUUAUGGAUGAAACGCCACACAUCAAAGAGGAGCCUGUGGAUCCCUGUGCCGAGCACAAAUGCCGUCGCGGCAGUCGCUGCGUGCCACAUGCCACCGCCAAGGAUGGCUAUCAAUGCAAGUGCAAGCACGGCCAGCGUGGACGCUACUGCGAUCAAGGUGAGGGCAGCUCAGAGCCCCCAGCAAUCACCGCUGCUGCCAACUGCCGUAAGGAGCAGGUGCGUGAGUAUUAUACGGAGAACGAUUGCCGGUCCAGGCAACCGCUGAAGUACGCCAAAUGCGUUGGCGGCUGUGGCAAUCAAUGCUGUGCGGCAAAGAUUGUGCGACGGCGCAAGGUGCGCAUGGUGUGCAGCAAUAAUCGCAAGUACAUCAAGAACUUGGAUAUUGUGCGCAAAUGUGGAUGCACCAAGAAAUGCUACUGACUGAAAGAUGCGACUACCCCAUUGCUUAUAGCAAGCAAUAGCAGCUUAGAUGUUAGCUUAGGAACAGAAUUAAACUUAACUUAUAACACACAACAACAACAAACUAAUAACAAUAAUAAUAAUAAUAAUUAUAAUGAGAAUAGUAGUAGAAAUAGUAGUAGUAGUAGCAGUAGUAGUAGUAGUUAUAGCUUUAGUAGUAGUUAUAAUGAAACGGGCGUGGCUGCCAGUGGGCAGGCGGCAACGUCAUUUGGGCAGCAGGAUGAGGAGCAGGCAGAGGAUGAUUAUGCCAUGGAAGACAUGGACACAGAGCGCAUGCAGGCGGACAACUAUGACGAUGAUUUAGAAGAAGAUGAAGACGAUGAUGAUGAUGAUGAUGGCUUAGAGCCAGAUGAAGAUGAUGAGGAGCCAGAGCAGCUGCCAGAUCCCAAGAGUCUGGUCGCUGCUGAGGAAGAGGACAUGGGCUACGAUGAGGAUGAUGAGCGUUUGGCCUUGGAACGGCCACGCACGCAACGUCCACGUGCCGAUGAGGAGCACUUUGUCAAUGAGGAGGGCAGCGGCGGUGGCGCAGGCAAGGCGGCACGCUUUAGACCCAACACCAGCUACCGACUCAGUCAGCUGGAGAACAUACGCAAGCGACUGCUGACCGAGUCGGAGCGACAGGCGCAGCUUGCGGCCGCGGUGGCUGUGCCGAGCACUGCGAUCGAUCUGCGCGAGAGCAGCGGCCAUUUUGCUAACGAUGACGAGGAUGGCGAGGAUAACGAUGACGGCGUCGAUGAUGAGUACGCCGACAAUGGCGGCGAUGCCAACACUGGCGCUGGCUUCUUCAACUCGCAGCGCGCCAAAGGCGGCGCCAACUCGAAUCACUAUUUCCGCAAGAAUAGCAACGAUGCCAUCAAGAUUAUAUCCACGCCGCUGGGCAAGGUGGGCAUUGUGUAUCAGCAGACGCCCAGCGAGGGCGAGAGCGCUGAUCAGACGCCGGGCCAGGCGCAGGUGCCGCAGAAGCCAGCGACGCAGUUUACGGACUUUGACGCCUUGUCGCCGGAUCCGGAGAGCAGUCAUCGUUUUCCAUCGCCACAUCCGAAAAUAACGCCCGUACUAACACCCGAUGGCAAGGUGGCGCUGCUUUAUCGCGGAGACUCGGAGAGCUCCAAGUACGAGCCCAUACGCAAUAUAACGCACAAGUUUGCCGAGACGCCGCCCCAAACGCCUGCAGCCAAGUCCAGAGACGACUCCUCCGCCGACGAUUCGGCCGAUGAGAGCAGCUACACGGACAGCGAGGACGAAAGCGCAGGCGAUAAGCCAGCGCCGGCUGCAGCUGGAGCUGCUGCUGUUACCAGCAAGCCGCUGCAGCCGGAGAUCUUGGAGCCGCCAGCGCAUGCGCCCAAUGGUGGCUCGUUUAUUAUACGACCCACCUCGGACUCGCUGCUGCCCAUGAUCAAUCGCCCGCUGUCCGAAGUGCUGGGCAUUAAGAAGAAUCAGUUCCAGGAGACGCGCGUGCGUGAUCAGUUGCCAUUGGGCACAGAUGCAGGCGCAGCACGUCCGCUGCAGCCGCAACAGUCCACUGAGCAGCAGCAGCAGCCGCCGCAGCAAUCCAGCAGCCAUUUGCAUUUCCUUACCAAGGUGAAUCUCGCCGAAUAUCCCACGGGCAAGCAGCCGCUGUCCGGCGGCAGCAAUCGUGACUUUGACUUCAGUCGCGACAAUACGAUGCUGGACGAGCGCUCGCGUGUGCGUGAGCUGGAGGCGCAGCGAGAACGCGAGCGUGAGCAUAAUGAAGCCACCAGCAAGGGCACCGAGGCACACACCAUUGCCAAUGAGCAGCUGCUGUCCAAGACGGAGGUCAUCAAUUUGGCCAUAAUACCGCAAUUCGAUGAGGAUAUGGAACGCUUGCAGCGGCUGCAUGAAAGCUCAGGGCUGGGACGUCGGCAUCAUCGCGCACGACAUCGCCACAAGGUCAACGAGGAGGAUCUCUCUGGCAUACAUUGCAUCAUGCAGGUCAUGAUGGCGAUUGCUGCAGUCUCCACAGUGUUUGGCAUGCUCGGCACGUUCUUCAAGCAGCGCAUACUCGAUCAGCUGCGUCUCAUGCACUGGUAACAAAGGGUGGAGUUCCAGGAAUACCCCAACAAAGACUUGCAACUACAAUUCCCAACAACAACAACUACGACUACUACUACACGCAUACACAUACACAUACACACAUACUAAGUAUAUACUCGUAUCAUAUGCCAUACUAAACCCAUAUACAUACAACUAUGCAUUAUAUACUCUAUAUACGAUACGCUCUAUAUAACUUCAUAUAUAAAUUACUCAACGCAGUGCUGUAAAUGAAUCGUUUCGAGCUUAAACACACAUUCGAUAUCGAAUUUUCGAAGUCAAAGCAGCACUCUUAUACGCAUUAUAACAAAGCAUAACUUAUACUCUCUCACUCUCUCUCUCUCUGUCUAACUCUACUUAUAUUUUAUAUAUUGUGCGGCCUUUGGCUUUGCUUUCCUUUCCUUUACUUCUUAUAUACUUUGGUCACUCUUCUAUAUAUAUAUAUGUAUAACAAACUAUAUACUAUAUACUUACUAGCAAGCUACCCAGGCGAUGUACAUAGCACGGCAAAUAAUAACUCAACAAAAACUGAUAUGUAUCGCAACUGUAGCCCCUGCCCAACCAAAAACAAAACUCCACUCCACUUCAAUUUUUAACUCAUUUUACAAUUUAUGUACAAAUUUUUCAAAUAUUUUCUACAACAUUUCUGCCAUAUUUCAUACAAGACAAACAAAUACAAAUAUAACACAAAAGCUUUAAGCAAAUCAUUGCAUGUGCCACGCCCCUGCCACUGACAAAAUGCACGCGCUCUCAAUACAAACAACAUUCCCGCCCACUGCCUGCCCGCCCGCACGCCCCGCCCCUUCAAAGAAAAAAAGGUUAACAUUUGUAGCAUUUGCUGCAAAGAAUUUCCUUUUGUAGAUAGCAUACAGUUGUUUAAAGUUGAUAAACGAUAAAAACCAAAAAACAAUUUAAUAACUGCACACACACACACACACACACAACUUGUAACGGUCGUUCAAAACGUGCCGUGCUCUCAAAGAAACGAGUAAAACGAUAAUAAUAUUAACAAUGUGCAUAAUAACUUGCUGUAAGUUGCUCAACAACACAACAACAACAACUUUAACAACAACAACAAUAAGCUAGAACAACAGCAAGCGUUACGAAUUUUCAACAACAACAACAACAAGUUUGUUGCUACGUGUUUUUCCUAGUAUUAGUUUACAUUUAAAAAAUCGAAUUAACUUAUAAAUGGUAACUAAAUGUGUGCAAAACGAAACUAACAAUUAAACAAUUAAUAUAAAAUCGGAUAACAAACAUCUAAGCUGGGUAGUCGCAUGUAAAUCUCUAACAAUUAACAAUUACCAACCUAAGUUAGUCCUAAUUAAUUAAAUUAAACUUAUAUAAUACGAACAAAAGUACGAAACAAAAUGAAAUACAACGCAAUGCAUUU